UUGAAAACUUUUCUUGUUUUCUGUUCACACUGAACCAGGCAUGUGUAAAUUCCUGAUGUGUAGCUAAUUGCUACACAAAAACCCUAUCUUCUUCCCCUAUAUUAUCCUCGUUCUUCUACACUUACUUCAUUCCUGAGUCACUCGUGAAAAUUAUAUAUAUAUAGAAGUUGUAGCCAUAGCAAAACUGUCGACGGUGUAAGAACAAAGGAAUAAAGUGGAUCCAAGACAUGGGAAAAGGGCCCUUCCAUCCGAUGAAUCGCAGGAAAAGGAGGAAGAUCUCAUAUUCCCAGUCUACUCAGCUAGAUCCCAGCAGGAUAAUUCGGCUAUGGUCUCAGCCCUUGCUCAAGUCAUUGGAAGUACCGAAACCAACCCUCUUCAUCAAUUUAAUCAAAACCCUUUAACCACCUCUUACUUCAACGCGACUCAACAAGAUCAAUCUCAACCUGCACCUCAAGAUCAAGGUAAUGUGAGGAGAAGACACUAUAGAGGAGUAAGACAAAGACCUUGGGGCAAAUGGGCAGCGGAGAUACGAGAUCCAAAGAAAGCGGCGAGGGUAUGGCUAGGUACUUUCGAUACGGCGGAAGCCGCUGCACUUGCUUACGAUGAAGCGGCGCUGAGGUUCAAAGGAAGUAAAGCUAAACUUAACUUCCCAGAAAGAGUUCAAGGGAGGUCUGAAUUAGGUUACCUCACUAUUCAUCAACCGCAUCGUGGGGUGGGUACGCAAGUUUCGAAUCCAGUUAUUACUGCAGCUCCUUCUCCUCCGCCCUUCGUAUCUCAACAGACAUACCCAAAUCUUUUUCAUUAUUCGCAAGCUCUUCCAGGAGGCCAUAGUGAAUUGAAUUAUGCUAUCCCACCUGGUUUCUACAGUGGAAAUCAAAGGUUUUUAUCGCGGACUUUAUCAACUAGUUCGUCUUCAUCUUCAUCUUCAAGUACAUCUCAACAACAACAACAGCAACAGGAUAAUCUUAUGAGAUUUUCAAUGCAACCGGGAGGUUCUUCAUCGGGUUCUGAUCCUAGAAACCUUGAUUUUAGUCAUAAUCAGUCAAGAUAAUGGAGAAGGUUUGUUUUAGUAACGGUUUUUACAACAAAAUGAUUCUGGUUUCUUAUGCAUGCAUUGCUUUGCUUUUUUUUUUUUUUUCUUUUUGUUUUUCCUCCUCGUGCAGUUUUCUUUAAGUUUUUUGAGAUCAAGUAUUGUUUUAAUUCAAUGAAAUUUCUCAAAUCUUUCUAUCUA